CCUCACUUCUUCAGCUUCUAAAUGAGUGAAUCAGGUUCACGCCGUUCCACACUUGUUUCCCGCCUGCCAAUCUUCCGCCGCAGCGGCAGUAAGAGGCAGGAGUCUCUCCCCUCCUCUCCCUCCUCAGGCGGAGUGGGAAAUGGCGUCCACACCUCGUCACCGUCCAGCACCAACUCCAGCUCUGGCAGCACAGGCAAACGCCGAAGCCUCUUCCGCACUCCGCAUCUUGGCUUCGCAGCUAAGCGGAACAGUGAUCCACGCGUCCAGCCCAUCAACCUGAACCUCACGCCCACCCUGACGCAGACUACUGAUGCCAAUGGAAAUAACCAGCAGACUAUAACAUCGUCAGUGUCAACUGGGUUCAGCGAGGGGGGCAGGCGUUCCAAGUCACGGCACUCAUUUGGCUUUGGCAGCCACAAGCAGAAGAAAAUCUCACGCUCUCAGACUGAAGACUUUGACAAGGCUUCCUCCUCCUCCUCCACCACAGCCAAUCGAAAUGUGUUUAUCAACUGCAUUAGCAACUCAGGAGCCAAUGAAGGUGACGACUCUGGGUACCUGGACGACUACAGUGGAGGCAGUAAUAACAACAGACGCUCGUCACACCAGAAGAAACAUUUGCUGCCCAAGUCCUUUUCCGCUCACCACCGCUUCUCGCGCACAUCUGAUCACCACAGACCACCAGAAGUCAAUCUGGAACCUUCGAGCUCCACCACCAUCACUCCAGGGGCAGAAGGCGUCUCUCCAGGCUCAUGGCCUGGUGAACUGAUUGGUGCUGGUGCUGAGAGCUCCCUUCAGUCCCCUAUGAUAUCAGAAGAUCGAACUACAGCCGUCACUCCUUCAGAGUUCAUUCCCAUCACAGAGGAUUCUGUAUCUGAGGUGGAUGCACUUCCAGCUCCCAGUCCUGGUGUAACCUCAGACCCUGUUUGUGUUGCUGGACCCGUCACUGAUCCUGCUCCACCUGACCCCCCACCUGCACCAGAAAGCUUCAGUGUGGCCAUUUCUGCUUCCCAGGUUUUCUUCACUCCAGCCCAGUCGAGCACUGAGAAACCUUUACUCCCCGACGCCAGCACAGCCAACAACACAGACUAUGAAACUGCUGUCUCCCUCUCUGAGCCAGAGACAGCUGUCCCCUGCCUGCCUCUGCAGGAACAAUCACUGGAAGAGAGGAAGGAGAGGGAAGAAGAAAGACAGGAAGCAAAGAAAGAAGAAUCUGCAGAGAAGAGGAUGGAGUUGGUGCAAGAGAGGAAGUUGGGUUACCACACAGAAACCACAAGUGAGAGCGAAGCGUGUGGGGUUCGUAGUGAGGGCUGCCACUCAAACCCUGAGAAAUCAGAACGGAGGACAAGACACACACUCUCUUUUCAGGAAAGAGGAAACUUCUGCGGCUGCCAUGAACCGAGGUCCUCUCACUUGAGGAGACCACACGCAGCUUCUCUGUGUAACAGUGCCAGCCCCUACCAUGAGGUCUUGCGGAUGGAAAGACGUCUGCGCUCCUCAUCUGAGGGGGCUGGAGGACCUCGUGUCCAUGGAAACCACAGGGAUGCCCCAGGCAUGGAGGGAUGCGGUCUGCUCAAACACAGAAACAACUCCUCAUCAUCUAAGCUAGGAAGUCUGGAUGUUUUGAACAACCUGGGUUCAUCAGAACUGGAUGAAGAUGACCUCAUGUUAGAUCUGGACCUCUCUGAUGAUCAGAGACAUCGCCAUGUGUCCAGAGAAGACUCAAGCCAGUCUCUGACCUCCUGUCUGAACCUGCUCCCCUCUCCGUUGGACCCACCUGGAGAUCGCAUCGCAGGAAAAGAAAACAGUCCGAGGGAACCCCGCCGUCCAACUAGCCUGCUGCCUGCUGACUGUAGCAUGGGGUUGGGUUCAGGAAAAGAAGACGACCUCUUACCUCCAGGGUUGGAAGCCCUUCCACUCAGACUGAUGCUGCAGGAUUGCACAGCUGUCAAAACGCUGCUUUUAAGACUGAGACGAACAUUGCAGGAAAGCACAGAGCCAAGUCCUGCCAGCAGCCUCCAGUCUCUACCCAUCAGUCCCUGCAGUGAAAAGUCCCUGCCAUUUAAGGAUCUUAACAAAGAAGACGCCUUGCUGCAACAACUGAGAGAAAGGGACGAGCUGAUUCUCAGACUCCAAAGUGAACUGGAUUGUGCCAAAGCUGCCCUGAAGAUGAAAGACUGCCAAAUGACUGAUCGCACAACGCAGACAGAACACACAGGGCCAGAGAUCAACCAUCCAGGCCGGUGGUUAGGACCAGGCAGCAGCAGCCUGGCUCUAAGGGACCGAAGGGUGGUGCGGGGCUUGGGGGCAGCACUCGGAGGGGACCUCACUAACCAGCACCACCCCUAUCACUGUCUGCCUGUGCAUGGUCGGGCUUCUGAGUGCCACACUGCCAGAGAAGAGCACCACCACCUGGGGUUGUUGGGUCAGUCAGCAGCCCGUAUCGCUCCUUUAAACAUGGCUUCAUUCUCUGCUCAGCCAGAGCCCACCCCACCUGUGCAGGUUCAAGUUUCACACCCAAACCUCAGUUCAAAUCAAUGCCCAGAUUCCAGCUUGGAUUCAGCUCACACCCCUCCUGUAUCCAAGCAGCCUGAGGGGGUGUCCUCCUCCUCUGAGUCUCUUACUCCAGGAGGAGGAAAGAGAGGAGGUGGCGAUCACCGUCCACCAUGUCUUAUCCCUCGUGCAGUCGGAGCCAGCGCCUCUUCGAGCCUCCACAGCCUUGCCAGCAGGGGGAGCCCUUCUCGAAACAACUCAACCUCAGAGCAAACCUCACCUACACCUACUUCUUCCUUAGCCACCUCCUCUACCUCCUCAACCUCCUCUUCAUUCACCGGCCGAUUAGGGCAGCCACCUCGAGGUCCUCUGUCCCUACAUAGCUACAGUCGUAAAAACGUCUUCCUGCAGCAUUCUCUACAUACUGCCGAGCUGCAAGCUCUCACCCAGAGAGACACUUAAGACACACAAUCAUUAUCAUUCCAAUCAUAAGCAGACAUAUCAUCAAGCUAAGUGAGGACAAGUGCGAAUUUAAAGAGAAACUGCUGCUUUUCCUGAUAAACUCACCCCUUCAUGCGCUUACAAUCACUUUUUGCAAUCCAGACCAUGCCUUUAUCCACACUUUGCUCAAACAUUUGUUGGCUUUUCCUCUCGCUCAUAUGCAAGUUCACACACACAGGCACACACACAAAUGCACAUAUCAGACUGUGAGAUUGCAAAAAGGCACUCACCCGUCUAUCAUAGCUCCCACGUUGUGUCAUGCUGACAGUUCAGAUGAGCUUACGCCCACAGACACACAAACUGCACACACACACUCACAGACAUUUCUCUAUACACACAAACACAAAUGCAGUCACCCACAUUUGAAUGCACACGUUGACACAAAGACAUCGUCUGUGAUAUCUCUGCUUCACCAUCUGCACUAAUAACUUGGUGAUAAAACUGAAUGAAAAGAUGAGGUGUCUGCAUUGUUAAAAACCAAUUUUUUAUCUGUUAUUUCUCAACUUGAACACCAAAAUCCAUUCUCUGUUCAAGGAAUUUUAGGACUGGUUGUCGUUUCUGUUUGAGGUAAUACAUUCUCAGCUCACCAAAUCCUGCAUCAGAUCAUGUCCUCCCUCCACAGAGGUCCAGAAAAAGAGAUAUUUCAGUGAAG